AGGAGCAGCUCCAACAUGAUCCGAGUGUUCAUCAGCUCCACUUUUACAGAUAUGAGCAGUGAGAGGAAAGCCCUGCUGGAGAAAGCUUACCCAGAAGUCCUUGCUUUCUGUCGCAGCCUGGGGCUGGUGUUUGAGGUGGUGGAUCUGCGAUGGGGGAUUCGAGGUGUCCCGUCUGGAGACCACGAGGCCGGUGAGAUCUUCCUGCAGGAGAUCAGGAACUGUCAGAGGAUUUCAGCCGGACCAGCCUUCAUCGCUCUGCUGGGGAACCGGUACGGCCACCGCACUCUUCCUCGCCUCAUCCCAGAGAAACACUUUGAGGCUCUGUUGUCCAAACUUUCCAGAAACCCUGAAGGUAUCAAGCAGCUGAGUCAGUGGUUCCUAAAGGACAGCAAUGCUGUCCCGCCCACCUACGUCCUCCAGCCAAUCACAGCUCACUUCCCACACUACAGCGACCUUCAACCUGAGAGUGGGCCACAGCAUGACAAAGAUGUCCUCUCUUGGCGUUUCACAGAGACUCAACUGUUGCAGCUCCUACGCUCCGCCGCCACGGACGCCGAGGCAGCUGGUGACAUCACAGCGGAGCAGAAGCAGCUUUUCAUCACAUCAGUCACGGAGCGAGAGUUCGAGCAUGGUUUGAGUGAUCAGGCCGCUCUGCUCUUCAUCAGAGAGAUUCCUCGCCAGAGAGUAAGGGAUGGACCAAAACGUCUUGCCAAGUACAUGGACUUGACUGCCGACGGCCUCCUGGACUCAGAAGCUCAGGGGCUCCUCGCCAGUCUGAAGGCCCGUCUCUACGCCACGUCACAGAAGAUCCUUAACCUACACUGUGUGGAGCUCAGCAAAGGAAGCAUCGACCCCAAACGCAAGGAGCACGCUCAGUACCUGGACAGCGUCUGCGAGCAGUUUGUCUCUCAGAUGAAGGCGAGGAUCGGAGCGGCGGUGGAGUCGUCUGUGGUGACGAUGGCGGAGUGGAGGAGGAGGAAAGCUUUGGGAAGAAUCCAGGAAGAGAAGGAGGACCUCUCAGACUGGCUGGUUGAAGAGGUUGGACGCCACGCUGCCAUGAGCAGCGAGCUGAGCAGAGAUCUCCACGGCAGGGAGGGGCUUCUGGGUAAACUCUGCCUCGCCAUGUGGGAGCGGACCAACGUCCCUCAUGGCCCGCUGGUGGUGCACGGGGCUGCCGGGAUGGGGAAGACAGCUCUGCUGUGCAAGCUGGUGCAGGAGAUGCGUGGUGUCCUGGAGGGAGGGGCGUUGGUGGUGAUCAGGCUGCUGGCAGCGGGUCAUCCUCAGAGGCCCAACAUUGACCACGUCCUCCGCAGCGUCUGCCUCCAGAUCUGUUUAGCGUGUGGCUUGGCGCCACCUUCCCCGCUGACGGCGAACACUCACCUGGAGCUGCAGCGGUUCUUCCAGAACGUUCUCAUGGACAUCUCACAGCAGGGGAACACUGCUCUCAUCAUUCUGGACUCUCUGGAUCAGCUCUCAGACCAACACCACGCCCACAAACUUUACUGGCUGCCCACUGACCUCCCGCCCAACAUCCACCUGGUGGUUUCCAUGGAUACCAACAGUGAGGUGUUCGCCAACAUGCGGCUGAAGUUGGAGACGCUGAAGAGUUUCUUUGAGGUGGAGCGUUUGUCUCGUGAUGAAGGGAAACAGGUGAUGGAGUCGUACCUGAGAGCAUCCCAGAGAACUCUGACCGCCGAGCAGAGCGGCGCCAUCCUGCAGAGUUUCGACGCCACCGGCUGUCCACUACACCUCAAACUGAUCCUGUCAGCAGCCAAACACUGGGCGUCCUACACCCCGAUCACCCACAUACACCUGGGUAAAAACACAAAGGAAAUGAUGUCACAGCUUCUCCUGAUGCUGGAGGAGAAACACGGAAGAGAGCUGGUGGGCGGAGCCUUAGGAUACAUCAGUCUGGCCAGGGAAGGUCUGAUGGAGUCAGAAUUACGUGAUGUCAUGUCCCUGGAUGAUGAUGUCAUCACCGAGGUUUACAGGUACUCCCUCCCUCCGACCCCCUCAUUGAUCCGGCUGCCCCCCCUUCUCUGGGCUCGGCUCAGGCGUGACCUGGAGGACCAGCUGGAGGAGCGCUGGGUGGGCGGAGUCAUCACCAUCACCUUCAACAACAGGCGUCUGCGUGAGGUGGUUUCAGCUCGAUAUCUGACAUCAGAGCGGAGGGGGCGGAGCCUCAGGGUCCUGGGGGAGUUCUUCCUGGGUCGGUGGUCAGGGAAACUGAAGCCGGUGGCUUUGCCGGGUCUGUCGCUGCUGCUGUCUGACAGAAAGGUCCCGCCCCAGCCGCUGUGGUUUGCUCCAGGAUUGGCUAAUGUCAGGAAGCUCCAGGAGCUGCCAUAUCACCUGCUGCACGGCGGUCUGUGGGACGAACUUCGACAGGAAGUUAUCGGCAGUGCAGAGUGGCUGUACUGUAAGGGCAGGAUGUGUGGGGUAUCUUCAGUGAUCCAGGACCUGGACCAGUGCUCCCAGUACAUGGACUGCACUGAGACCGGACUCAUCCGGGAUGCUCUGGUCCUCAUUAAACCCAGCCUGGACUUCCUGGAAGGUCACAUGGACAUGGCUCUGUUCUACACUGAGCUGCUAGCUAGACUCUGCUCUCUGGCCAAGCCUUUCCCUGCUGUGAUUGGCCGGCUGUGCAGCCAAUGUGAGGAGUGGUUGCUUACGUGUCCGGAGCCGAUCCUCAUCCCCAAGUGCAGCUUCCUGCAGCAGCCAGGGGGGGCGCUGCAGCACACACUGACUGGACUACAGGGAGGUGUUCUCUGUCUGGACCUCAGCGUGGAGGCGGAGCUUUUGGUCACCGGUUCAGAUGACGGUGUGGUGGCGGUGUGGAGUCUCAUUGACCAGCAGCUCAUUCACUCCCUGACUGGACACACAGGUGCAGUUCUGUCCGUCAAAGUGCUUGAAAGCUCCGCCCACUGCCUCUCAUUGGCUGGUGACGGCUCUCUGAGGAAGUGGAGCCUAACUAAUGGCAAACAGCUGCUCUGUAUCGAGGAGGCGGUGCCAGUAGACUCAUUCGCACACCUCCACCUGUCCAAACAGCUGAUGUUUGUUUACAUCAAGAAAGAGGUGAAGGUGUGGAGUCUGGACAGCUCUAAGCUCCUCUUCAGCGGCAGUGAUAACUCCCUGGUCCUGGGAGUCCUGGAGGAUUACAUAGUCUCUCUCUCUGACACUGGUCAGGUCAGACUAUUUAAUCCUGUUAACCCGAGUCAAACUGUGGAGACCCAGCUGGAGAACUCAGAGAGGAGUGUGACUCCUGUGAAGGCUGUGAUGUUACCCAAACGAGGGAAAGUGUUCCUGGUGUCCAAAGGAGGAUUUCUUUACCAAAUUUCCAGGACGGGUAAACACACCGUGUCUGAGUUUCCUCUGGAACCUUCUCUGCUCUCCGUCACUGAGGAGGAGAAAAUACUGAUGGCAGGUGGUGAUCGGACUCUGAGCCUGUUUAACAUCGACAGAGACUCUGUGGACAGGUUCCUCGACCUCCAACAUGACGACCACGUUCUGUCCGCCGCCAUCUCAUCAGACUGUAGACUGAUCGCCACCGGAGCUGCGGACCAACUCAUACGAAUCUGGUCCGUGACCACAGGUGCGUUGUUGGACUCCCUGUGUGGCUCCGAUGCUCCCGUCACCUCCGUGUUCCUGCAUAAAGGCGUGGUGGCGUCAGCGUCCACAGCUGCUUCCUGCAUUCACCUGUGGAGUCUGAAAUACGACCAACGACACAAACCCCUCGCCCGCAUCCCUGCAGGCUGCGCCCACGUCGCCCUCACCAAAGACGCAGAUCGGGUUUUCUACGUCCGACAGCAGAGCCAGACGGAGGUCAUCAGCUGGAACAACCUCACAGGCUCCCUAUCGGAGCGUAUGGCGGUCUCGGCUCAGGUCUGCUGUCUGGAAGUGGCUCAGCACAAACGGCUGCUUUUCUGCGGUCUGACCUCCGGCACGGUCCUCAUCUACCCGUUAGCCCUCCCUCAGGAGACGCUCUGUAUCCCCCCUCCAGAGAGCCUCAGCAGGGUGAUCUGCCUUGCCGUCAGCUUGCAGGAGAAGCACAUGGCGGUGGCAUACGAGGACUUGGUGUGUCUGUUUGAGAUCACCACCAGAGACAGCUUCCCCACGGUGGAGGGGCCCCUGCAGACGUUCCCUCUGUCCCUCCUCCACGCCCCGCUGUCCUCCAUGGCCCUGCUCACCGACCGCAGGCUGCUCUACGGGACGAGCUGUGGCGAGGUCAAGCUGCACGACUUCGGCAGUGGCGGCAGCUCUGAUCUGGAGGCUCACCGCAGCAGAGUGACGUCUGUGACCGUCAGUAACUGGGGGACUCAUGCUCUGGUGGGCUCCGAGGAUGCCGUGCAGAGGCUGUGGGCGCUGAACCCGCCGGUCCUGGACCACACCAUGGAGUACAAGGGUUUUUUCUUCGAGGGCGUCCUCUCUGCUGCUUUCUCUGAGAGCGACAAGUUCGUCUUCACAGGAUCUCAGGACAGAACGGUCAAAGUCUGGGACGUUGCCUCAGGUAACCUUCUGUUUGUUCAGUACGUCUACUCUCCGUUGGUCAAGAUGUUGACGUACAGAAACGGCUUCGUGGCGCUGUCUCGUGGGGGCGCAGUCAUCAGGGAGGUCUUUCGCUGUCCGGAUCACGUCAGUCCGGAGUGGAACCCUCUGAAAAAUGUGAAGGCCCAGUACAGAGUCACAUCCAGAGACAAGAACCAGGACGCUUUGCAGAGCUCCGCGUCCGACCUGCAAGACUUUAACCCCGCCCAGUUCAACCUGAACCUCAUGAGCAUGCUCAAAGCCAAACCCUCCUCAGCAUGUCUCAUACUGUAGGAUAGUGAGGCUCAACCUGAGGCUCCAGAACCCUGAAGUUUGAGG